CCAACACAUGUAUAUGAUAAAAAAUUAAGUAGCGGGGAACUGUCGCUAGAUAUCAACCAACAGGCUGUUGUAAAAUGUUUAGAUGCUUUUUAUGAAGAUGUCAUCAAUUAUAAACAUCAAAUUGGUGGUGACAGUCCGUUUUCUGGUAACAAAAAAUACACCGAAUCUCCAUUAGGGAUGUACCUGUAUGGCGGGGUGGGCUGCGGCAAGACGAUGCUGAUGGACAUGUUUUAUAACAUCGUCGAUAUCGACAAGUCUAGAAAGAAAAGGGUUCAUUUUCAUGAAUUUAUGCUCGAUGUUCACAAACAAAUUUUCAUCCAGAAACAAAAAACAGCCCAGGAAGGUUUCAACUUGAACAGGUCACAACCCUACGACCCCAUAGCCCCGGUUGCCUUUGAUAUUAGUAGGCAGGUGACUCUCUUGUGUUUUGAUGAAUUUCAGGUGACUGACAUAGCAGAUGCUAUGAUAUUAAAAAGACUCUUUUUCCACCUCUGGAAAAAUGGCGUCGUCAUCUUCGCCACGUCCAACAGGCGGCCAGACGAUUUAUAUAAAAAUGGUCUGCAAAGGUUCCAUUUUCUACCAUUCAUUUCACUGUUAAAGGCAAACUGUAGAAUCAUCAAUCUUAGCUCAAUUGAUUACAGACGACUCGCCAUACCAGCUGAUGGCGAUACAUACUUCUCGGCCACUGAAUGCAACACAAAAUACCAAAUGGACAAGGCAUAUGAUGAGCUGGUCAGUCGGUCAGCCGGCGUUGAAGAGAAGCGAACGAUCGAAGUGAUGGGGCGGUUUUUAACUUUCGAGAAGACAUGUGGGGAUAUACUCGACACUACCUUUCAAGAUUUGUGUGCCAGGCCUCUAGGUGCGGUUGACUACUUGGAGAUAUGUCGAAACUUUCGAGUCGUCCUGAUCCGGGACAUCCCGCAGAUGUCCCUGACGAUGAGGAGCGAGACGAGACGAUUCAUCACGCUCAUCGACACUCUUUACGACAAUAACGUGAAGGCCAUAUUUUCAGCUGAAACGGGGUUAGACGACUUGUUCGUGGCAGGCGGAAUCACUGAGGAGGACAAACACAACAUGAGAGUCAUCAUUGGUGAUUUGAACAUUAAGAAAGGUUCCAGGGACGAAUUAGCGAGUUUGUUUACCGGUGAGGAAGAAACGUUCGCGUUUGAUCGGGUGGUUUCUAGAAUAAUGGAUAUGAGGUCGGCUUCCUAUUGGAUGAAAGAUCAGCCAAUCAAUGAACCCACACAGAGAGCAGCCAGGUCGUGA